AUGACUGAAAUGAGGAAAUUUUGGCUUUCUACCCUAGUCGGCGUGAGCCAUGCCUCGCAGACUGUGCUCCGACCAGAGCCCUUGGCGUCGAAUUUCAGCACCUUUCGAAGUACAAAUUCACCCCAUUCGAUACGCAUCCGACAACAAAAUGAGUCUAUCUGUGCCGCGGGCUCCGCACAGUACACAGGAUGGCUAGAUAUUGGCCCGAAGCACCUGUUCUUCUGGUACUUCGAAAGUCAGAAUGAUCCCAUCGCCGAUCCACUAACGCUGUGGAUGAAUGGCGGGCCUGGGGGCUCUAGUAUGAUGGGACUAUUCGAAGAAAACGGGCCAUGUCUAGUGAAUGAGCAUGGCAAUGGGACCGUCUAUAAUCCAUGGGGUUGGUCUCGAAACUCCUCAUUACUUUUCGUGGACCAGCCAGCCGAUGUCGGCUGGUCCUAUAUUGACGAGGGCUACAAGGUUGCGCGGGAUUCCCAAGAGGCCGCGGUUGACAUGCACCGCUUUCUCCAGAUCCUUAUAUCUGAUGUCUUUCCCCACAAACGCUUCUCGGAUUUCCAUCUCUCCGGUGAAUCUUAUGCAGGCAAAUACAUCCCCUAUCUCGGGGCUGAGAUUGUGACUCAUAACCAGCAAUACCCUUCAGAGCCCCAGAUCAACCUUAAGUCAUGCCUGAUAGGUAAUGGCUUCAUGUCAUCUAAGGAUAUCACCUUCGGGUAUUGGGAGACGCUUUGCACAACCAAUCCCGGCGUUUCCACGCCCGUGUUCAACCAGACACGAUGCGAUAUUAUAGCUGCCAAUAUGCCGCGAUGCAUGGAAGUCUACGAUACUUGCGCUAAUGGUCCUGACCUUGCAAUCUGUACGGCUGCAUACUCCGUUUGCUAUAAAGGAGUCAUCGGUUUGUACGAGGAUGAGAGCAAGAAGGGAGGCCGUAACCGCUUCGACAUCACAGCCCCAUGCUACAUCGAUGAAAUAUGCUACAAAGAAGCAGCUUAUAUUGAGCAGUAUCUGAACUCCCCUACGGUCCGGGAGGCCCUCUCGCCACCGGAAGGGGCUAAGGAGUACAGACUCGAGUCCAGUGCCGUUGUUGACGCCUUCGCAACAACGCCGGAGAUGAUGACGUCUUCAUCCGACCAUAUCAUUUUCCUCCUUGCUCAUGGGGUGCAUUUCCUGGCCUACCAGGGAAACCUUGACCUAGCUUGCAACACGGCAGGAAACCUGCGGUGGGCUAACUCGCUUGCGUGGAAGGGACAGACUGAGUUUACAUCGAAACCGCUGCUUCCUUGGACAUCAAAUGUCGCGGGACGUAAUGAAACGGUCGGCACCGCGAAAGAGGUGCGUGUGCAGUUGGACGGCCGGGCAGAGACAUCGCGGUUUGCAUUUGUGACGGUUGAUGGGGCGGGUCAUUUAGUGAGUUCACCAAUUCAGACAUGUUAG